AUGCCCUGUGGGAUCUGCAGCUUCUGUCCCGAGCGUUCCGCGGCUGUUCCUCAAGAGCGGCAGAGCCUGGCCGGCGCCGGCAGCGCAGCGCAGCGGCAGCCCGGGGCCGGCGGCCCCCAGCCCGCCUGCAGCGGGAGCCGGGAAGCUGCUGACAAACCUCGGACGAACAACAUCCUCACCUCCGCCACCGAGCCCUACGACCUGUCCUUCUCCCGCUCCUUCCAGAACCUCUCGCACCUGCCCCCCUCCUACGAGUCUGCUGUCAAGACAAACCCAACUGACAAAGAGGCUGACGAAUACUACAUGAGGAGGAGGCACCUGCCCGACCUGGCGGCCCGGGGCACGCUGCCCAUCAACGUGAUCAAGCUGUCUCAGCAGGGCACCCCGCGGGAGCGGCCGCGGCGCCCCAUCCGCGCCAUGUCUCAGGACCGGGUGCUGUCCCCGGAGCGGCUGCUGCCCGAGGACUUCAGCCUGUCCUACGAGCGCGUCCUGUCCGACGAGCAGCUGCUGUCGGCCGAGCGCCUGCACUCGCAGGACCCGCUGCUGUCCCCGGAGCGCUCCGCCUACCCCGAGCAGUCCCUGGCGCGGGCGCUGUCCCACACGGACGUCUUCGUCUCCACGCCCGUCCUGGAUCGCUACCGGAUGGCCAAACUGCAGCCCCAUCCCAGUGCCUCUAAUAACUUGUACAACACCCUGGGCAUGACCCCCACCUCCGCCAAGCGCCAGGCCUUCGCCUCCCGGCGCCACAACACCGUGGAGCAGCUGCACUACAUCCCCGGCCACCACCACCACUACCGCACGGCCAGCAAAACCGAGGUGACGGUUUGACGGCGCCCCCUGCCUCCCGCGGACUCCCCACGGGCCGGGGGGGCCGCAGCACCCCCUCCCGCGGCAGCCUUACAGGCCCCGACGACCUCUGGUAACUCAGCGUCUGGAAGGACUCCUCUGGCAGCCCCCCCGCGGCGGCGUUGUUAAAGCCUCCCCUUCGUCCAGGGACGAGAGAAGGACUCGAGCAAGCGAGCAGACGGUAGUGAGGGACAGUGGAGGAUGUUCCCCUGACCUGCAUCAGUUUCUGUCAAAGAAAGCCAUAGUAGUAGAUGGCUCCUUCCAAGGGCUCAGCUGCAUCAUCUCACCCUUUCUGUGAACUCAGAACUCCUCAGCUGCUACAAGCAGAAGCAGUCUCAUGCAGCCCAAGACAGGGAGAAGGAAAGGCAGCAGCCCACCCUGGUGGGAAGGGGCCUUGUUCUCUCUCCUCCUGCCAGCCUUCACCUUUGGCCUUUCUGUAGCAAGUAGCUAAGCUUCUGGCUGCUGGAGCUCGCUUCCAGACCACCUGAUACCAGCCAGCACCCACACAUCUCUUCUUCUUCAUCCUUGGAGCAAAUUCAGGGGCAGACUUUCCUUGGGGACUGGCAGAUCAAGGGCCAAGAACAACCUGGCUGAGAAAUGAAGUUUUAGUUUCUAUCAAAUAUACUGAUAAGAUACCAAUAUCCUAGUGCCUACAAACCGCCUGCUCAGUGUAGGAAGUAGUGGGGUUGAUGUGAUCAAUAAGCACAACUGCGCUGAAACGCUUGUUAGAGCCUUUUCUCCACUCAUCCUGCUACCCUGGUGUCUCCCACAUGUAAAUAGGAAGGGGGAGCAGGGUUCUCUUCCUCCAGCUUCUUGCCACUGCUGGACCUACAGCAUCAGAACUGGUUCAGCUCUGCUCUGCUGGCCUGUGCUGGGGAGCUCCUGGCUCCACCGAGCCCCCCAGCAAGGCAAAGCAAGGCUGGCACACCUUUCCCCAAGCCUGGCACACCUUGCCCCAAGCCUGGCACACCU